AUGGCUCCUCAUCAAAAUACUACCAAGAUGGAGCACGCAGACUUUUUGUUCUGCGAGCAUGUUCUUGAGGAGUUCAAGCGCUUCAAGCACCGCAAGUAUGUCGCUACCUUCAAAGAGCCUGUUGAUAUCGUCGCGGUUCCUACCUAUCUGAACGUUAUCAGACAGCCGAUGGAUCUGUCGACUAUUGCUUUCAAGAUGGGAAAGAACGUCUAUGACUCUGCAGCUUCCUUCAAAGCCGACUUUGAGCUCAUGUUUGACAACUGCGAUCGCUUCAACGCAGGUCAUCUUCCAAGCGCUGUCUUUGAGCACGGUCGUCGGUUCCGCGAAGAGUUCAAUCGGGUCUGGUUGGAUCAGCAGAACUGGUUGAAGAGAGUUCACCCUGAAGUCUCCAUCGAAGCUCAAUCCGAAGAACAAGACGAGAACAUGGAUGAGCCCCCUGCUAAGAAACGCCGCCAGAGCUCGCGCCUGGUCGCUUCCAACGAGCCAUCUCCUACCUUGCAGUUACCAUACACAGCAGCCAGUGUGGUCAAACCCGCCUCUUCUGCCCCCACCACUCCGGUGCCUGGUCGCCCCAAGAGAGGAGCUUCCAGAACCAGCACUACAAACGCUUCUACUUCACGUGCUGAUUCGGUUUCAUCGACUGUCAAGCAGACUAUCACCACCAAGGCCGUUGUACCUCAACCCGCCGAGUCCCCUCUCACUGAGCCCACCGAGACCGAAAUCACUGCUCUGCAGACUACUGAACACAACGUCGCUUUAGCUCAAGACACCUCUCCUAUUGUCUCAGAUGCCCCUCAAUCUCCAGAGAAUACUCCAAAAUCCCACUGGGAAGAGUUCCAAGAGCGCCUCAGAGACAUGGUCACCAAGGAAGCAACCAGACUCCUCAACAACCCCAACAUCAAGCACCAAGGUCCCGGCGAAGACCCCAACAAGCUCGCCAACACCAUGUGGGAAGCCCUAGCCAUGGACAUCAAUCACGGAUCCAAAGGGCUGGAAGGUAAAGCCAGUUUCAGUGCCUGGGUCGAGCUCGCUGUUGAGGAACUCUCAAAAGUAGCCAUUAGAGACGUCGGUAACCAGGUCAAGAGCGAGAUUAAGAAGGCUCUUAUUGUUGUGAUGGAAGGUCACUACCAAUUUCUCAGAAACAAGCUUGAUGGUUUUCACGAGGAGUUGAGAGCCAGAUUUGAGGCUUGA